AUGGUCUCCUCCCGGACUACCCUCACCGUGGCCCUGCUCAGCGCCCUCAAGGCGGCCGAGGCAGCCUCAGCUGGCUGCGGCAAGACGUCCCCUCCCGCGUCAGGCCAGGCCUCCCUGCAGGUCAACGGCAAGCAGCGCGACUACAUCCUGAAGCUCCCCAGCAACUACGACGCCAACGAGCCCCACCGCCUGGUGAUCGGCUACCACUGGCUGGACGGCUCCAUGAACGACGUGGCCAACGGCGGCUUCUACGACCUGCAGAGGCUGGCCGGCGACAGCACCAUCUUUGUUGCCCCCAACGGACUCAACAAGGGCUGGGCCAACCAGGGCGGCGAGGAUCUCAGCUUCACCGACCAGAUCCUGGAUCUCCUCCUCGAGAACACCUGCAUCGACGAGGGCCAGAUCUUUGCUACUGGCUGGAGCUAUGGCGGGUCCAUGAGCCACAGCGUGGCCUGCGCGCGUCCUGAGGUCUUCAAAGCCGUCUCCGUAAUCGCCGGCGCCCAGCUCUCCGGCUGCGAUAACGGCGGCCCAACGCCCGUGCCCUACCUCGGCAUCCACGGCGCCGCCGACAACGUCCUUCCCAUUAACCUCGGCCGCGGCCUGCGCGACCAAUGGCUCAAGACUAACGGAUGCACGUCCAAGAACGCGCCGGAGCCCUCAGCGGGCCAGCAGAGCCAUAUCAAGACCACGUAUGAGUGCACCAAUGCGCCCGUUACUUGGAUUGCUCAUGGUGGUGGCCAUGUUCCGGACCCGACUGGUACGAAUGGGGAAAAGUUCGCGCCGGGUGAGACGUGGUCUUUCUUUGAUGCUGCUGUUGCGGGGGCUUAA